UAUACAAAAGAAGACGUAACAUAUGAUAUGCAUAUUGUUGAUGUAUAAAUUAAAAGCAGUUUUUGAAACUAUUAUUAAAUAAUUUCUUAUAGAUGAAUCCAAGAUGAUUUGUAUAUUUCUGUUUCUCUGUUUCAUAACAGUAACAACACUGGAAGAUCCAUGCUUUACUACAAAACUAAUCGACGACUGGCGACGAUCUGUAGCAAAUGGAGCUUCUUCACAAAUAUGUGAUAACGUUUUGGAAGAAGGAUGGUACAGAGUAAUAUCUGGUUCCGGAGAAUUAAUGCCAACAGUGUGUCCAUAUUGGGGAUUUCGUUGUGGAACGACAAUUCCAUUUUGGCUAUCAUCAAGUGAAGUAACGGGAUCCUUAUAUCCAGACAAUGGCAGUAUUGUAAAUAGAACAACUUGUGGUGCGAACUAUUAUGGCGACUGUUGUGAAAAAACCAUCGAUAUCAGAAUUAAAGAUUGCGGCUGUUACUAUGUCUAUUAUUUGAAACCAACAACUGGUUGUUAUUCAGCAUAUUGUUUUGGUAAUCAACUGCCAUGCCCUGAUGGUCUGACCUCAUCAACUGGGUUUACACCAGGAUGUACAAAUAGUAGUUAUUAAAUAUGAAAUGAUGGUUCUAUAAAUAUUAAAAUAAAUCAUUAAAUGUAAAAUGCUAUAUAAAGUACGGACGAUUGUAUACGUUUGUUGCAUGCUUACAUACCAUAAUAACCGAAUAAGAAGAUAUAGAUCUUUAAAUUGUAUAUUUAUAUGAAUGCACUAUUAUUGUUUUAUAAAUGCUUAUCCUAAAUGAUGUGUUUGCCUUAUAAUGCUUCAUCUAUCUGGAGCUGCUUGGUGUUAUAAAUGCCUGUUUGUGCUUGAUAAUAUGUGUUUAUGUUUCUAACCAAAUUCAUUAGCAUAUUGUAUAAGAUAAUCUUAUUUUGAUGAUUUUUUUUUAUUAUAAAACUCUUUUAAAUUUCUGUAUGUAUGUAUGUAGAUAUCAUGAACUUUCUAUAGAAAAGCUUUAAAAAAAAGAUUUUUUCUAAUAACUAGUUAUAUUUUUUUCGUAUUUUCUAUAAAUUAUCAAUUUUUAUUUCAAUUUUAUUGUUUUCAUUAUUUUUAUCUCUGUAUCAAAUCAGUAGAAGGGAAAUACAAGUGUGGUAAUAGUUCAAUUAACUUCAUAUACAGAUUAUUAUUAUCAUUAUUAUUAUUAUUACAUAGCUUUUAUAUAGCGCCUAUCUAAUAAACAUAAUACUCUAAGCGCUCAUUAUGUGUCUAAGUCAAUUUAAAUUCUGAUCUGAUAAUCUUUUCGGGCAUCUUCAAUCCUACUGUCAAUAUUGGCAUAUGAUUUGUAUAACAAUCAAAUAACGAUGAUCUUAAACGUUGUUUAAGUUUCUGUGAAUUGCCUGCCUUAUUUGAAAGCUGCAUAAUUUACUGAUUUUCCGGAAUGAAAGUUCUAAGGAAGUCACAUUAAAGAGGAAACAGUAGAUUUCCGAUAUUCUCAACUCGUAAAUGCAAUCUGAAUACACAAAAAAGAGAAAACUCCUGAAGAAUCACUAAAAACCGAUCAUUUAAUUCAUGAUAGUUUUAGUUAAACCUGCGUUUAGUUGAUUUCAAUUUGAAUUUUUCAAAAUCGGUAUAUUUUGAUGAUAUCGUCAUCGUUGUAAUGCGUUAUUGGAAUCAAUGGGUUCUUAAUAUCGGACGAGUUUUCAUUCCAUUGAACAAAUAACUAGUAUUUGUCUCCAGUUAACCAAUAAUGUACAGACAAAUUGAUUCAAUAUCAAUAUUUUCUCUAUAAUGUAUAAAUGCACAUAAAACAGUUAAUUGGUGUGUUAAUUAUCUAUUCUUCAAGAUUAUUUUGAUUACUGGUUGUAUCAUAAUCGUGAGUACUUGUACCUGUUAGACUAUGAAUAUAUGUUACCGUAGUUUUCACACAUAAAUUAAAUUGAAAUGGCAAAGUUUAUAUAUAGAAUAAUGUAUUUUUGUCUUUAAUUGUGUAGGUAAACAUUAAUUGUUAAAAAAUGAAUAGUUUCAAAAUGAAAAAAAAAAUGAACAGAAGUGUGGGGUACAUGUAAAUAAGACAGCAACUCGUCCAUUUUUCAAAAGGAACUCAAGGAUCGGUCUUGAAAACAACAUUUCCCUGAGAACCAACAAAGAAAAAAAAAACCCCAGAAAACGAUAACAACAGUAAGAUAGAGCUAUAGACAGUUACCCACAAGGUUCUCUUCCUUGGACAUUCCCAUGAAUGUGUAGUAAGGUUAAAUUAUGUCUUGAAAUCUCAAUCUCCCCCUUUUAGCUUACACCCAACUGUCUUUUUCUCUGGUUUCGUGCAACGCCAUGCACAAAACAGAAAAUAAACAUUUGCACAGAAAAAGCAUUUAAAUCUGUUAUUAGAAUAUACUAUACGAAAAAUCAGUUUCACAAAGAAAACGUUACUCAUGUUUACCGUUUCAAAGAAUUAUAAAAUUCGCGGCUGCACUUUUAUUUUUAAUUUAGAAUAAGUUAUGUGAUUAAAGAUUAAUCCGACUCUUCACUUUUAAAACGCUUGCUGUAUGAAUUAAUCUAUGUAAUAUAAAAUAUCUCUUUGUUCUUCAGGUGAAAGAAUUGGAAAUCCUCAAGAAAACUAGUGCAAUAGGAGGUAGAUAUUUUUAUAACUGAUAUCAUGUGUUAUUACCGACCGUGCAGGACCCUGAUGGCUAGUCAAUGUCGUUAAAA